AUGUUAAUAAUUGCUUUAUUUGGAAUUGCAUUAUCUCAAAAUAUUACCUGGUCAAAUUAUUCUUUCUCAACUCCAUAAUUCAUUAAUUUAAUAGCCUAAUAAACAAAUUUUGCUAGAAGCUUUGAGGAGUUUGGACAAAUCUUGUAUUAAAUCAUUAAGCAUUAGUAGGAAUUUUUCAAUUCAAUAUGAUUCUUUGUAAGUUGAGGACCUUUGCAGUUUUUAAUAUCAAUAAUUAAUAUUUAAUAGAAUCGAAAACUCAUUUAACACUUUUGUUAAUCAAUUACAAUUAAUUGAUAUCGAUGAAUUAGACACUAGUGAUAUAGAAGAGGGAUUUUAAGAUUAAUUAGUUUCAUAUACUAGAAGUGAUUUAAAUCUUUUGUUAUUAGAAAGGAAUUAAGUUAUUCAUUAUUUAAGUUAUGAUUAGAAUUCUAAACUAUUUAAUUAUUCAAAAUUUAAUUUAUCAAUUUAUAGUAAUACUAAAUAGCAUUAACAAUUAUUAAAUGAUAGAGAUGCCUAUUUUUAUGUCAAUAACGAAUAAUUUAGUAAGUUCAUUAUUUAAAAUGACUCAUUAUAUUAAUUUGAAAUUUUAAAUUGGACCUAAUAAACUGAUUAAUUUAAAGUUUUAGUACAAAAUAAUUAUGUAUAUCUUAUUAAUGGAUAAUAAUUCUUAACAAUAUAUCAAAUAGUUGAACACACUUUAGUAUUAAUUAAGAAAUUAAAAGCAGAAGUAUGAUUUUUAUUAAUAAAAAAGGAUAUUUAUUAAGUAUAAAAGAAGAUGAAUUUAGUUGAUAUUAAUAUCUAAGAAGACUAUCUAUAUAUUCUUGAUCAUGAAAAUGGAGUAAAGAGAAUCCAUUUAAAUGAAUUAGAAAUAGAUAAUGAUUUCUUUAUUAAUUAACCUGAUUGUUCAAUAAUUUCUAUCGAAAAAGAGUCAAUUAUUUUAAUAUAGCACAACUAAUAAAGAUCUAUAAUAUUUGAAGGAAUAAUCAAUGAUAAAGGUUGGAUUCUAUUAUAAAGUAAAUAAACAUUCAAGAAAUUAAUAAAAAGUGUUAAAUAAUUAAAAGAUUAUGCAAUAUUAUUGAGUAAUCCAAUCAAUAAUAUUCAUCGAAAAUACAUGAUAGACUCUUAUGCAGAUAAGACAAUGUUAGAAGGGUAUUAAUUAUUAUAAUAAAUAAGCAAUGAUUUUUAUUAAAUGGAUUUUCUAGGAAUAGAAAGCAUAGAUACUAAUUAUUUAAUUGGAAUCUUUAAGUAUGGAGUGGCUUUAUAUUAUUAAAUGGAAUUUCCGAGCUCAAUUGUCUGCUAUGCCCAAACUCCUUAGAUAAGCAGAGUGUAGGUAUAAUUUUAUUUUAAUAAUAAGAUAUCAAUAAUUAGCACUCAAUGUCCAAAUAAGAAUGAAUCAAAUUUAUUAAAUUAUUGUUCAUCAAAUCUUGAAUAUAUAUUUGAUAUUCGUGGAGCUUUAAUGAAUGAAUUCUAAGAAAGAAUAUUUAUUUAUUUAUGUAUAGGAGCUAGUAUUAUUGUUACACUUUUGGUGGUUUCAAUUAUUUAUAUAAUAAGAAGAUAUCAAUUAAAAAAAGAAAAAAUAAACUAAAUAAAAAGAAAAGGAAGAAGGUCUAAAUGA